AAUAGAAGCCAGGGUUUAUGUUGUAGCGCUUGUGGCUGUCUCUGGGGGCUCUCUUUUCAAUCCCUUCUUCCUCUCCUAUAUGAUUCGAAAUCCAAUCCUAACUCAGUGUUAAUCAUCCCAUUAACUUAAAAUUUUUGUACUGUUUUUAACCCUAAACGCCAUGGCUGCUUCUAGAUUAUCCUCUUGCGUAGCAUUAGCCGCCACCGCCGCUGCUGCUACCGCCUCCCCGCUCCAGAACCGUGCGUACGCCGAUUCGCCAUUUAGAUUCUCUCCGUUCUCCUCAUCCUCUUCUUCUACUCCCUCGGGUUCGCAGACGGAGCAAUCAUCACAUGCGAAAGCGGAUGCUAAAGCCGAGGCUGAGGAGCCUAAAACAGCAGGGUUCGAUCCAGAGGCUCUGGAAAGAGGCGCUAAAGCCCUUCGCGAGAUUAACAACUCUCCUAAUGCCAAACAGGUUUUUGAUCUAAUGAGAAAGCAGGAACAAACUCGGCUAACAGAGUUGGCAGCUGAGAAAGCACAUUAUGAAGCAAUUCAAUCGCAGGCUGAUAUCGACAGGCAACGGAAGUUGGCUGAAGAGCAACGGAAUCUAAUGCAACAACAAGCUCAGGCAAAAGCACAAAUGCUGAGAUACGAAGAUGAGUUGGCCAGAAAAAGAAUGCAGACAGAUCAUGAAGCUCAGAGGAGACAUAAUGUUGAAUUGGUUAAGAUGCAAGAAGAGUCAUCUAUUAGAAAAGAACAAGCAAGACGAGCAACUGAAGAGCAGAUACAAGCUCAGCAACGCCAGACAGAGAAAGAGAGGGCUGAAAUAGAACGCGAAACUAUAAGAGUUAAGGCGAUGGCUGAGGCAGAGGGACGUGCUCAUGAGGCAAAAUUGACAGAGGAUCAUAAAAGACGGAUGCUAAUAGAGAGGGUGAAUGGAGAAAGAGAGAAAUGGCUCGCUGCAAUUAAUACAACUUUCAGUCACAUAGAAGGGGGAUUUAGAACUUUGCUGACUGAUAGAAAUAAGCUGCUUAUGACUAUUGGAGGAGCUACCGCAUUAGCUGCUGGAGUUUAUACAACAAGAGAAGGAGCUAGAGUCACAUGGGGUUAUAUUAAUAGGAUACUGGGACAGCCAUCACUGAUUCGAGAAUCAUCCAUUGCUAAAUUUCCGUGUUCUGGCAUAAUGUCUCAAGCAAGGAACCGAUUUUUAAAGUAUAGUACAGCUGCACCUUUGGAAAGCAAAAGGGGUCUUCAGAAUGUUGUUCUCCACCCCUCGUUGAAAAGGAGAAUAGAGCAUCUUGCUAGGGCUACAGCAAACACCAAGACUCAUCAGGCGCCUUUCAGAAACAUGCUAUUUUAUGGGCCUCCGGGUACUGGUAAAACAUUGGUUGCUAGGGAGAUAGCACAAAAAUCGGGAUUGGAUUAUGCAAUGAUGACGGGAGGUGAUGUUGCACCAUUGGGUGUACAGGCUGUCACCAAAAUCCAUGAGAUAUUUGAUUGGGCUAAGAAUUCAAAGAAAGGUUUACUUCUUUUUAUUGAUGAAGCUGAUGCUUUUCUAUGCGAGCGUAACAGUAUACAUAUGAGUGAAGCACAACGGAGUGCUUUGAAUGCAUUGCUCUUUCGAACUGGGGAUCAGUCGAGAGAUAUAGUUCUCGUGCUUGCCACGAAUCGGCCAGGGGAUCUUGACAGUGCUAUCACCGACCGCAUUGAUGAGGUGAUUGAGUUCCCACUUCCCGGGGAGGAAGAACGAUUCCAACUUUUGAAGCUUUAUUUAAACAAGUACCUUUCUGAUGAAAGUGAAGGUACAUCUAAGUUGGGUGCUUUGUUCAAUAAAAAACCACAGAAGAUAACUAUAAAAGAUUUGUCAGAAGAUGUGAUCCGAGAGGCGGCCAAAAUGACGGAAGGUUUCUCUGGCCGUGAGAUAGCAAAACUUGUGGCUAGCAUCCAGGCAGCCGUCUAUGGGCGGCCAGACUGUGUAUUGGAUUCUCAGUUGUUUAAGGAAAUAGUAAACUACAAGGUUGACGAGCAUCAACAGAGAAUAAAAUUGGCAGCUGAAGGUGGUUUGCCAUCUUAGCUUGGGUAUUUACUCCUAAGAUUUUUACUUGCAGGAAGGAUAGCUAAGGCCUUCUUUCCUUGACACCACAUCUUUCAGAGUGAUAGUGUCAAUAAGAUUAUUGAUUGACCGAAUGCUAUUAGAUUCAUUGCAAAUAACCUGGUUGUGUUUUCGUGUUAUUCUCAAUUCAUCUUUGCAUUCCUGUUGAUAUUGCAAUGUUAGAGAAAUUUGUUAUCCUA